GGGAUUAUCAGACAUGGUUGCACAAGACUACGGUAUAUUUGAUGAGUUAUCACGUAUUGCACACAGAGCGAUAAACCGAAGAUGGAAAAGGUUCUCAACCGUGUGAUAACCUUCGUAAUAAUUAAUAAAUUCGUCGUUUUGACUGUGCGCGAGCUGUGGAGAUAGGGACGUAGGUUAACAUCAUUGUGUCUUGUUUGUUGGAUAUAUUAACCAUGAGAUAACUACUACAUAAGAAUAAACCAAAAACAAACGACAGCAAUGGACAGAAGCGAAGGAAAUUCUCGGGAAUAUUCAGUACCUGAUGAUUUUAUUAUGAUGAAGAUCAAGGACAUAAAAGAAGAAGAUGGGUACCCACACUCUGGAUUGGACACCUUGGCUGCAGCAGCUGCGGACGAAACCCUCCAAAGUCCAGCAAACUCAAAUAACAAACACACUAAUCGGAAGACUGGAGCGGACAUGAAGAUCUUUCUGAGUUACCUUGCCUCUGUCAAUGAGAUGCGUCAGCCCCAAGAUAUUCCUGAAGCAGAGCUGGAUAAGCAUCUUUGUACCUUUUUCAUGGUUGUUCGUAAAACAGAUAAAACAGAAUACGAACCUUGUAGUUUACGAUCCAUGUUGGCCAGUAUAGAAAGGUACUUAAAAAUAAAUGGUUACCCAGCUUCACUUACUAAGGAUAUUGCUUUCACCAACACCCGGCAUACCUUGAAGGUAAAACAGAAAAUUCUCCGGGAAAUGGGCAAAGGUGCAAAGCAAAAUAACACGUUUAACGUCGCCAGUUUGAAAGAUAAAACUCUAGACCGAGCUUUUGAAGCUAGAGAGAUGGGGCCUUAUAGUCCAGCUUCCAUUUCCCAAACCCUCUGCUUUGUUUUUGUGGUGUAUUUAAAAUUGAGGAAGGCAACAGAACACAAGAAAUUGUUAUGGGGUGACGUUAUUUUGGACAGAGACCAAAAUGGACGAGAAUAUAUCACAUUCUCAGAGCAAAUGCUUCAAAGAUGUACCCUACAAUAUUUAAAGCAGUGCCAACCGGUGGUAUACGCGUUGCCUGAUACACCCGACAGAGAUCCGGUCAGGAUUUACAAACUAUAUGCUUCUAAACGCGCACCGACCAUGAACUAUCAAUAUGCACCAUUUUAUUUGGGUAUAAAUGUCUUUAACCCUAACGAAUGUCAGUCAUGGUAUAAAACCAUUGCUAUGGGAAUUAAUAAACUAAAUGACAUGGUGCGACAAGUGCGUGAAAUAACGGGAAUGACUCCAAAUGCUGUACCACUGGAAUCCACGGAAGCUCCCCAAGACUUGUCACUUCCUUCGUCUGAAAAACAUUCCAAAACUGUUAUCAUGAAACCUAAUGACAACGGAAAUCAAUAUUCACAUGAAGAUAACCCCAUGACAGACACAAAAAAUUCACACCAUGACGUGAAAGAUGAAAAAGUCGAAUUAAAAAACGGCGAGGGGAAACGAUGCAUUCCGAAAAUAGAGAGAUUGUUGUCAAGUGAUUGUAGAAAUGUUUUGAAACAAGAAUCCUGGAUGGAAGAUGAUAUGAUAGAGAACAAAUAUCAAACUAUUGAUUAUGAUGUUGAUGAGAGUGAUGAUGAAACAGAAGAUGAAGAAGGUAACAUGUAUAUUGAUGAAUCUGAAGCAAGUUUAUCUGAUGUUGUGGAAGAUGGUGGUCAUCUUGAUGAAAGACAGAAAAAUCUUUCUGAAACAGAAUCUCUUGUGAAUUAUGUAAGUUUAACCACUGCCCAGAAACAGUUCGUGAUGUUAAUAAACCAACUCAACCCAGACGACGUGACAACAUUUAAACAGUGGUUUAAAAACCUCGAUAUUAUUCAAGAUAAACAGACGGGCAAACUGGUGUGCAAAGAACAAGAAGAAAAAGAAAAAACAAAUAACAUUUCAAACACAGAUGUAAUUGAGCAACAAAUAGUUCUAAAUAUCACUUUAUCAAACAGAGCUUUCAAGGGAGAAGCGCCUGUAACCGUGACAGCAACUACUAUGGUUUCUAAUCAAAACAACUCCCCAACGAAUAAAGAUGUAAAUUCUAAUAUAGAACCAAUGCCCACAAAAACUAUAUCAAAAGACAAUAUGAGUGCUCAAUGCAUUGACAAGACUUCUAUCAAAAACUCAACCAACUCCUCAAGAAGAAAAAGACAUUUCCCAAAACAGUGUCAAAUUCCAUCGAAAAUUGUAUGCUCUUCUUCAGAUCUGAUUGAAAAAAUCUCAUAAAAAAAUACAAAAUAAUAUGUAGGCAUUA